AUGAAAAGGCUUCGAGUACUUAUAUUUGCUAAUGUAGUCCUUUCUGGUACCAUUGAGUACCUUCCGAAUGAGUUAAGGCUAAUUGAAUUGCUGGGAUACCAGUUUCCCACACUGUCCUUCAAUUCUGGUCCAAAACAACUUGCUCUACUCCACAUGCCUUACAGCCAUAUCCAUCAACUUGACAAAGGAUUCAAGAAUUUAGAAAGAUUGAAAGUUUUGAACUUAAGUCACUCGAAAUUCUUAAGAAAAAUUCCUGACCUAUCAACAGGACCCAAUCUCGAGAGCUUAUAUGUUCAUUAUUGUACAAGUUUAGUUGAGAUUCAUGAGUCCGUUGGAUUUCUUACUAAGUUGGCUACAUUAGAUGCUCGAUGCUGCAGCAAUCUCAGGAUUGUUCCAAGUAUUCUGGUGUCCAAAUAUUUUACAACAUUAGAUUUUACAGGCUGCUCGCAACUCCAAAUGUUUCCCGACAUUGUUGAGAAAAUUGGAUUUAUAACAAGCCUAGAUUUAUCAGGCACAACAAUAAAAGAGUUGCCUUCCUCAAUUGAUCAUAUAUUUGCGCUCAGGGAGUUAUGCUUAUCUGAUUGUAAAAAGGUUGUGCACAUUCCAUCCACCAUUUAUAACCUAGUGUUUCUUGAUGUCCUUGAUCUUAAUGCUUGCACAAGUUUCUCUAUGUUCCCAAACUAUGACCAAGAAAUACAUGGUGCAUUUGAGCUCAGAAGGUUAAAUCUUCAAAAUUGUUAUAUAUCAAACGCGGAUUUUCUUGGAACUCCUUUUAGUUUUCCCUUGCUCGAAUGGUUGGACCUAUCUGGUAACAAGUUUGUUAGUCUUCCCUCCAUUAGUAAGCUUUCUAAGCUUUCAGAUCUUAGUUUAGCUAAUUGUCGACAACUUCAGGAAAUUCUAGAGCUUCUAGGACGUUAA